AUAAUUUUUAAGGUUCAAACAAAAUUAUACUAAGCCAAGAAUCCAAAAUUUUGCGCAUCCAGAAAACAUCGGCGUCCGAAAGCCGAUACUUAUGAUGUCGGAUUUCGAAUCCGAAAGCGCCUACGGCAAAUUUGAGUUACGACGAGUCCGAAAAUGCAAAUGUUUUUACCAGAAACUUGCCGGAAGCCACCGAAUCGAGGCUGAAAUUUUUUGGCUCUGGCGAGGCUAUACAAUGCUGCCGGUGAAGGAAAAAUGACGGGGGAGCUUGGCUUGGGGGUUUUCGACGGCGAGGACCUUGUUUCCAACAUCGAAUUUGCAGAAAAAGGGUGGCAAACAACUGUUGUACGACGGCAGCUUCCUUUCCUCAAGCUCGAUGUCGGCAGCAAAAGAGAGGAAGGAGGAGGCGACAGCAGCAAGGGAAGGGAAGAAAAAAGCGAAGUUUCUGGCGGCCGAAAGGUGGCAGCAGCGACGAAAAAAGAAAGAAAGAGAGCGUUUGCCUGUCACUUCCUUUUCUUGGUAAUCGCUCUCUUCUUCUUCUUCUUCUUCUUCUUCUUCUUUCCUAUCUUUAUCUUGAACCCUAAAAAAUCCAAAACCAAAACCAAAAAGGACCAGUAAAGGAAAGAAAAUGCACGCGAAGACCGACUCAGAAGGAACCAGUGUAGACACAUCAUGGGCGCCAAGGUCCCCGAGGA